AUGAAGUUUGGACGGAACCUGCCGCGGAACCAGGUUCCGGAGUGGGCGGCUUCGUAUAUCAACUACAAGGGGCUCAAGAAACUCGUCAAAGCCCUGGCCGAGAAAGCGAAAAACGGGGAAAUAGUAGAUCCAGCAGAACUCUUCUUCGCUCUCGACCGAAAUCUGGAAGACGUCGAUUCCUUUUACAACAAAAAGUUUACCGAGGCAUGUCGGCGGCUGAAUAACCUUCACAAUCGCUAUGGCCGUGUGCCUGACGUCGUGGCCACUCUCGACCAGGAUGAGGUCGAGGAGGUUAUGGGGGCCUUGCUGGAGUUGCGAGCGCAGCUGAGAAAUCUGCAGUGGUUUGGCGAGAUCAACCGCAGAGGGUUUGUCAAGAUUACCAAGAAGCUCGACAAAAAGGUUCCGCAAAUAUCCUAUCAGCAUAGAUACAUGUCCACCAAGGUCGACCCCAAGCAGUUCGCAAAGGACGGCAGCAUCACUAGGCUAUUGUCCGAAAUCAAUCGUUGGCUUUCCGUUUUGAGCGACGCUCAGCAGGUUGACGAUUCCAUGUCGGAUCGCUCUACUCGGUCCCUGGGUCGCGCUUCAGCCAAGGCGAUGCUCAUUCUACCCCAAGCUCAACUCGACAUCAUGGACCAAGCGGUUAGGAACGACGACAUCUCUUCGUUGAAAUGGGGACUCACAGACGCCAACGUUGGUUCCGAGACUUGCUCGCAAGCCAUGCUUCUUAACUUGCUGCAGCGAUCCAUAUCGGCCCGCUCAAGGACCUGCAUUGCCUUUCUUCUCUCCCAGAUCAAGGACCUGGACGAGCCCGACGACAUCAAUGGUCGCAGCUGCAUACACCGGCUGGUUAUUCACAUUGGCCGAACCAAGUCCGCGUCGCCCGACGACGAUGCCCACGUCUACCCGGUACCAGCCGGGACGCAAUUCACCAACCGGCACCUUCAGCCUGCUGUGUCGUCUACCGUGCAUCCCAAAGCCAUCAACACCAAGGAAGACAAUCUGCUGGGCAAGGAUGACGAGGCGGUGCAGCUCCUCAUCUAUCUGCUGGAGCAGCUCUCGGAAAGCCAACGAACCGCCCUCCAGGGCCGUGACUCGUUUGGGCGCAUGCCCUUGCAUUACGCCGCGCAGUUCGGUUUCGUCGUUGUCUGUCAGAUCAUCAUGAAGUACAUGCAGGACUGGGGCCAGUUUGAUGCCAAGGACGGUAUCGACGCACCGGAAUGGCACGACAAGGAUGGCUAUGCGCCGCUUCACCUCAGCGUGAUGGGAGGCCAUCCCCUCACCACGCAGGCUCUGCUGCAGGGCGAAAACUGGCAGGGAAGCAGCGAAGCCAAGGUUCAGAUUCGGAAAACGAUCCCCAAGUCGGGCGCUUCCCUUGCGCUGGCGACCAAGUCAAACUAUGAACCGAUCGUGGAAAUGCUUGUUGGUGCCGGUGUCGACAUCAACUGGACGGACAAGACGGGUGAGACGGCGCUCCACAUUGCCGCCACGUUCGGCCACGAAGGGUGCGCGCGCAUUAUUCUCGGCGGCAGCGAUUCCCAAAAGGCCGACAUUGAGAUUGCGGAGAACUCUUACUCUUGGACUCCUCUUCACGUGGCGGCAGUCGACGGAUCCCUUUCCGUCGUACGGCUCCUCGUCGAGGCCGGAGCAGAUGUCUCCAAACCAGAUGCAUCGGGCUGGACUGCAAAGGAGCACGCGACUCUGCGUGGUCACAUGGAUAUCGCGCGGUUCCUUGCUUCCCACACCGACGAAGAGGAGGCGGCGGCACGGAUCGCACGGGGUCUCACGCAGCAGCCCAACCCGCCAGAGAACUCGUCCAUCGACGGAAGACGCUCCAACGUGGCAAACGGCAACCCUUGCCGCCCUGCCGAACCCGUCAAGACGUUUGGUCACCGCUACCUCACCAACGAGAGCUUGGUGCUGGUCAGCCUGGGGACCAUGGACAUUCGCAAGUCGACGGAAGCCGUGCACCUUGACAGCGUGCCUCUGACCGAGGCGCACAGCACGCAGCUCGACACGGCUCUCUCGGUGGUGGUGAGUGCAGCAGGAGCCGUCGGCGACCCAACAACCAUUGAUCUUCCCGUCCACGACGGCAUCUCCACGGAACCCAUACUGUUCAAGACCACGGACGCCACCAAAGUCAAGCUCAUGUUUGACAUAAUCCCCACCUACUCUGGGAGCGAGAAGAACAAGAUUGGGCGCGCCGUCGCGCUGCUCUCGACCGUCAAGCCGACGAUUGGUUCACGGCGGAUGAACCUGCAAGGGGACGUCUGCGUACCCAUCAUGUCGAGCAACCUCGAGGUGAUUGGAACCGUCAACUUUAACUUUCUCGUCAUCACGCCGUUUUACCACGCCAACAUGGAGAUUACGUCGCGGCAGACGUACUGGAGAAAGAUGUCCUCCACCAUGCUCAUCGGCCAUCGAGGGUUGGGAAAGAACCUCACAUCCAACAAGUCGCUGCAGCUGGGCGAAAACACGCUACCGUCCUUUAUCGCCGCGGCCAACCUCGGGGCGCAGUACGUCGAGUUUGACGUGCAACUAACCAAGGACCACGUGCCCGUGAUUUACCACGACUUCCUGGUCAGCGAGACGGGCAUUGACGCGCCGGUGCACACGCUGACGUUGGAGCAAUUCCUCCACAUCAACCCCGACAAGGGCAGGGAGCGGUCCAACGGGAACGGGCAGGCCAGAGACGGGCUCGUCGAACUGGCCAACCGGCCGCGCAGCAGCAGCAGCUUUGCGCCGCCCAAGCGAUCUCUGUCGAUGGGCUACGCGGGAUCCGGCCACGCCGAGAUGGAGGAGCGGAUGAAGCACACGAGAGAUUUCAAGGAGAAGGGAUACAAGGCCAAUUCCCGCGGCAACUUUAUCCAGGCCCCGUUUGCCACGCUCGAGGACCUGUUCCGCAAACUGCCCGAGGAGAUUGGGUUCAACAUGGAGCUCAAGUACCCCAUGCUUCACGAGAGCGAGGAGCACGAGAUGGACACGUAUGCCGUGGAGCUAAACUCGUUUUGCGACACGGUCCUGGCAAAGGUGUACGACCUGGCCGGCAGCCGCCACAUCAUCUUCAGCUCGUUCAACCCGGACAUAUGCCUGUGCCUGAGCUUCAAGCAGCCGUCCAUACCGAUCCUGUUCCUGACGGACGCGGGAUGCAGCCCCGUGGGGGACAUACGCGCAUCGUCAUUACAAGAGGCCAUCCGGUUCGCCAGCCGGUGGAACCUGCUCGGCAUCGUGUCGGCCGCGGAGCCUCUGAUCAACAGCCCCCGACUGGUCAAGGUGGUCAAGGAAAACGGACUGGUGUGCGUCAGCUACGGGGUGCUGAACAACGACCCCAUCAUGGUCCAGCGCCAAGUAAAGGAAGGCAUCGACGCCGUCAUUGUUGACAGCGUGCUGGCGAUUCGAAAGGGUCUGACCAGCGGCGAAUCAAGCGCGCUCCAGUUACGGGGUUGA